UAUAUUGGGCGGACACAUGCGUAUUAUCAAAAAGUUUAGCAUUCUAACAACCCUCUCACUGAUGUAUUUUUCUUCAUGCUAAAUCAGAAAUUUUCGUUUCGUCCACGAGGCAACAUGAAUACGUUCUUCGACACGCGCUAUCGUGCAACAAAAUUGUUUUCCUCGAUAGUGGGUCUAUGGCCGUAUCAAUCGCAGUUUAAGAGAAACAUUAUCCUAUCGUUAAACAUACUUGUAUUUAUCUCGUAUCUUCCACCUCAGCUGACGCGACUAUAUCAAGUGUGGGGAAAGGACUUAGACGCGAUGUCCAUGUGUAUACCACCUAUGCUUACCCUCAUAUUUUGCGCAGUUAAGAACAUGGCGAUAAUCUGGUUUAAUUCCGAGAUGAGAACGUUAUUGCGUGAAAUUGAAGCAGGAUGGGCAGAUAUACCUUUGAGAAAAGAAGAAAAUAAGAUUUUAACGGAUUACGCGUCAAAAACGAGAAUGUUUUGCAUCGCAUAUGCAAGUAAGGAAAAUAUCGUGAGCUGUGGCGAGCGUGUGUGACGUUACUUCUAUCCUUUCAGCUAUAAUGUAUAAUGGACUUAUAUGCUUUAUCCUAAUGCCGACGAUCUCGCCAAUACUAGAUAUUGUUUUACCUCGCAACGAAACGCGCGUGAGGAUCUUAGGCUUUGAACUUGAUUACGGAAUUGACAUGCAAACCUACUUUUUCUGGUUGUGGUUGCACACCAGUGUGGCUGGGAUGGCGGUUAUAUUUAAUACUGUUGGUUCGGGCGUAAUAUUCAUUACAUUGACUAUUCACGCUUGUUAUUUGUUCGAGAUAACUAGGUCAGUAUUCCAGCUUUUCGAUCUGCAGCUUAUGAAAAAGCUGGAGAAAAUUAAACUUUCGGGUACUGUAUGCGUCUGUUUAAGUUUUUGAGAUAUAUAUAUUUCUAUUUCUCUCAUUUGAGAAGAAGUAUACAGGAUGUUUUAGAUUCUCAUCCGCAAUUUUUGUG